AUGGCGAACUUUGCCGCACAAGACGGGAACAAUCAUAACACAAGCGAGAUGAACCAUACUAGCACAUCAGCAUUGUUAACCAGUGUAUUUGUAUCUAUUUCAGCCUUGAACAUUUUGCUGUCCAUUACUGCAUCACUGGGCAAUGCUUUGAUCCUCGUUGCUCUUCAAAAGGAGACUUCUCUUCAUCCUCCAACAAAACUUUUGUUCCGGUCUCUUGCAGUCACUGACUUUUUUGCUGGCCUUAUUUCACAACCACUUUUUGCGGUUUCUGUUAUGACGCGACUAAUUAGGAUGAACUUUCACAACGAAGGCUACAUUGUUACAGGUUUUGUUUUGUGUGGGUUAUCAGUCUUAACAUCGACGGCCAUAAGCGUGGACAGACUUCUUGCCCUCUUACUGGGUUUAAGAUACAGACAUGUUGUAACUUUGAGACGAACUCGAGCAGUUAUAUUCUGUUUCUUUGCCACUGGUGUUUCGUGUGGAACGAUGCAUUUUUGGAAUAAAGACAUUGCCUGGGUUGCAGUAAUUAUCCUUGGAGUGGUUUCUCUGAUAACUUCAAUCUUCUCGUACACUAUGAUUUACUUCAGAUUACAACAACAUCAAGCUCAGGUACAAGACCAUACAAACAAGGGAUGUCCGAACGGAGGAGGAAUUCCUCUAAAUGUAGCUCGAUACAAGAAGACAGUUUCCAGCAUAGCGUGGGUGCAGAUGGUGUUAGUAGCUUGCUAUCUUCCGUAUUUUAUCAUGUCUAUUCUCAGAUUAAGUAUCACUUCAAAUGGACGGCUAAUAGAGGUGUUGUAUUUAGCUGCCGUGACUCAAAUAUACCUAAACUCGUCUCUGAACCCAAUUCUCUGUUGUUGGAAGAUCAGAGAAGUGGGGCAAGCUGCAAAGGACACAAUCAGACAGAUCUGCCCCUUUUAUAGAUAA